AUGACCUUGGCUACAGGACAACUGAAGGGACAGCCUUCCCGCUUUCCCGCUGCGCUUUUCCACGCUGUUGGCGUUGCAUCCUUCAUUUACAGCUUCUACCUUCUUACAACAUGGAAAACAAUCUUUACGGAUGCAUUCGGGUGGUACUUUCAGCUCCUCACUGUCGUCGGCCUCGCUACAUCCCUGCUGGCAUUCACCUUUGGCGUCCUUGCAGACCUUACACUUAGCGAUGUCUUUUUUGACGCCAAGAAUACCAUGUCGAUCCUGGCAACCCCUCUCGAAGUCGUCAUCUCGGUGCUUUACUGGUCGAUAAGAGUAUACGACUCAUCCUUGCUCAUGCCAGGAGCGCUCGACAUCGAUCCUCUGCUCGACAUUGGAUUCCACCUUGCGCCAGCAGUAUUGCUGUCGCUCGACUUUAUCGUUUUGAGUCCGGCUUGGAACAUCACAGCUCGUGGCAUGAUGCCUCUGAGUGUUGCCUUGGCUUUGGUGUAUUGGUGUUGGAUUGAGCUGUGCUUCCAGCGAAAUGGGUGGUAUCCUUACCCACUCUUUGAUCAGUUUUCGGCUAUUGAGCGUAGCUCGAUCUUUGUUCUCUCGGCUGGUCUGCUGACAGCAUCGUCAUCUACUCUUCAAUGGGUUCAUGGAGGGAUACAAGGCUCCGUGCUAAGCCCAAAGAACAAAGCCAAGGUGUAUUGA